CUUUAUGGGAGGGUCGGGCAAGUGCUGCUGAAUUGCCAGGAGAGCAAGGAAGCAAUAAACCCUAACCCGUAGUGUGAUAAGGCAACAUUGGUUUGCAAAUGACAGUUGACGGAAUUAACUCGUUUUCUGAGUCUGCACACUACACUGAACCGUAGAGCAAUGGAACGGAAUGGCUUCACACAACAUGCGAGGCAGAAAAGAGAAAGCUAGCCGAGCUGUGCCCGUUGCAUGAACGCAUCCGCUAGGCCUCUGGCUGGCUGGUCUAAGCGUCUGUCGAUGCGGCCGGGUCCUCCGUUCGUAUUCCUAGGAAGGCGAGCGCCCCGCCGCAUCGUGCCUCCGGUCCCUCCGUUUGUGAAUGCCAACCGGGGGAACCUGAAUAAGCCAGAUUUCCCCUAUCGCAGAUGGAUCUUGAGCCUGCUCCUCGGCCCUUGCGGAGGACCAGCCCAAGAUGGCUUUUCUGUAUCUCCCGCCGGUCUCCCUCCCGGUUCGCGGGCGAUGGAAAGGUGCCCUUGCCCCGGGCUAAGCGCUCUCUUCCCUCCGGGCUCCGCCCCUCUUCGUUUAGCCACGCCUCCCCUGAUCUUGCGGAGAACCCUUACCGGAGAAGGAGGCGGGGCAGGCGCUUCUUCUCCUGGCGAGACUUUUGGGCUCCGCCGCUCUCCCAUUGGCCAGUUCAUCCCCAACCCACGGGCACGUCCAGGCGGCUCGUCCAAUCACAAGCCUCGAGGUUGUCCUCCGCAUUUUCCGAGCCUCCCGAGAGCGAACCCCUUUAUUUUAAUACUUUUGGCCUCUCCUGGCUGCCGUCUGCACCAUCUCGAAUCCUCUCUGGCCGGGGAAGAAACGAGGGAGCGCGGCUCGCGCGCAGGAAGAACGAAGCUGCACCGGGAAAGGGGGGAGGGGGCCCGCCGGCUCCCUUCCUCCUCAGCCGCAAUGUCCGCACUGAGCUGGAAGCCGUUUGUCUACGGCGGGUUGGCCUCGCUCGUGGCCGAAUUCGAAUUGCACCAGCAUUAUUAAGACAAGCAUCUUAUGGCACCAUAAAGAUUGGUAUAUACCAGAGUUUGAAACGACUUUUUGUGAACCGUUUGGAAGAUGAAACAUUAUUGAUCAAUGUCAUCUGUGGAGUGAUUUCAGGGGUGAUCUCCUCAGCUCUGGCUAAUCCAACAGAUGUAUUAAAGAUUCGAAUGCAAGCUCAGGGCAGCCUGUUCCAGGGGGGGAUGAUUGGAAGCUUCAUAGACAUCUACCAGCAAGAAGGCACUCGGGGCCUCUGGAGGGGUGUGGUCCCCACUGCUCAGCGAGCUGCUAUUGUGGUGGGGGUUGAGUUACCAGUCUAUGACAUCACCAAGAAGCACUUAAUACUUUCAGGACUCAUGGGGGACACAAUCCUCACUCAUUUUAUUUCUAGUUUUACCUGUGGACUUGCUGGUGCCGUUGCUUCUAAUCCAGUGGAUGUCGUUCGAACCCGCAUGAUGAAUCAGCGGGCCAUAGUGGGGAGUGUGGAUCUCUAUAGGGGAACACUGGAUGGCCUGGUAAAGACUUGGAAAAGUGAGGGUUUCUUUGCACUUUACAAAGGAUUCUGGCCAAAUUGGUUGAGACUUGGUCCCUGGAAUAUCAUUUUUUUUAUCACCUACGAGCAGCUGAAGAGGCUUCCUUUUUAAGGCGCCCAUUUGGAUUGGUAAUCCAGCUGCCCUUCCUGCUCCCCUCCAUUCCUGCAUCUUCAUGUUUUUUGUUUUUUGCCUACAUGGACUCUGUCUUAUCACCCCCGUGCUGAGUGCUCAGCAUUGGGAGUGUGGCUUGAGGGGAAGGAGAGGAUGGGUCCACAAAUACAGUAUUCAGAGCCUCGUGCACGUGCUUUCCCCCAAGAGGCAAAGGUGGAACAUGAAGGGAGGGCACUUAGGUCUGUGUUUGUAUCUUCCAUGAAGAGCUGUGAGUCAACGAUCCUUUUCACUGCAAUGUGGCUUUUGCAGUAGGCAACCCCACUCCCUUUGUCCCAUGCCAGAGGCCAAGAGGGAAGUCAAGAGGGCUGCUACAGUCCUUCCAUCGUCAUGUUACCCUAUUAAACUAUUUAUUGGAAUCAAAUCCUGUGGUGUA